CCGAGAAGGAGCUAGAUUAUCUCGCUCCCGGGAGAGACAGGAGGAAGACCCGGCAGCUCCCCCACUCCCCCUCUCUCCGGUUCUCUCGCCGGGCUCCCCGGUAUCUGCGCGCCGCCUGGAGAGCGAAGGCAAAGGGCCGAGGCGCGCAGCAUGGAGUGGGGUUACCUGUUGGAAGUGACCUCGCUGCUGGCCGCCUUGGCGCUGCUGCAGCGCUCGAGCGGCGCGGCGGCCGCCUCAGCCAAGGAGCUGGCGUGCCAGGAGAUCACCGUGCCACUGUGCAAGGGCAUCGGCUACAACUACACCUACAUGCCCAACCAGUUCAACCACGACACGCAGGACGAGGCGGGCCUGGAAGUGCACCAGUUCUGGCCGCUGGUGGAGAUCCAGUGUUCGCCGGACCUCAAGUUCUUCCUGUGCAGCAUGUACACGCCCAUCUGCCUGGAGGACUACAAGAAGCCGCUGCCGCCCUGCCGCUCGGUGUGCGAGCGCGCCAAGGCCGGCUGCGCGCCGCUCAUGCGCCAGUACGGCUUCGCCUGGCCGGACCGCAUGCGCUGCGACCGGCUGCCCGAGCAGGGCAACCCCGACACGCUGUGCAUGGACUACAACCGCACCGACCUCACCACCGCAGCACCCAGCCCGCCACGCCGCCUGCCGCCGCCGCCGCCAGGCGAGCAGCCGCCCUCGGGCAGCGGCCACGGCCGGCCUCCGGGGGCCAGGCCCCCGCACCGCGGCGGCGGCAGGGGCGGGGGCGGCGGGGACGCGGCGGCGCCCCCAGCUCGCGGAGGCGGAGGUGGAGGCGGCGGGAAGGCGCGGCCCCCUGGCGGCGGCGCAGCUCCCUGCGAGCCAGGGUGCCAGUGCCGCGCGCCCAUGGUCAGCGUGUCUAGUGAGCGCCACCCGCUCUACAACCGCGUCAAGACAGGCCAGAUCGCCAACUGCGCUCUGCCCUGCCACAAUCCCUUCUUCAGCCAAGACGAGCGCGCCUUCACCGUCUUCUGGAUCGGCCUGUGGUCGGUGCUCUGCUUCGUGUCCACCUUCGCCACCGUCUCCACUUUCCUCAUCGACAUGGAGCGAUUCAAGUACCCAGAGCGGCCCAUCAUCUUCCUGUCGGCCUGCUACCUCUUCGUGUCGGUCGGCUACCUGGUGCGCUUGGUGGCAGGCCACGAGAAGGUGGCGUGCAGCGGCGGCGCGCCGGGCGCAGGGGGCGCAGGGGGCGCGGGCGGCGCGGCAGCGGCGGGCGCGGGCGCGGCGGGCGCGGGUGCGGGGGGCCCGGGCGGGCGCGGCGAGUAUGAGGAGCUGGGCGCUGUGGAGCAGCACGUGCGCUACGAGACCACGGGCCCGGCGCUGUGCACCGUGGUCUUCCUGCUCGUCUACUUUUUCGGCAUGGCCAGCUCCAUCUGGUGGGUGAUCCUGUCGCUCACGUGGUUCCUGGCGGCCGGCAUGAAGUGGGGCAACGAGGCCAUCGCCGGCUACUCGCAGUACUUCCACUUGGCCGCGUGGCUCGUGCCCAGCGUCAAGUCCAUCGCGGUGCUGGCGCUCAGCUCGGUGGAUGGCGACCCGGUGGCAGGCAUUUGCUACGUGGGCAACCAGAGCCUCGACAACCUACGCGGCUUCGUGCUGGCGCCGCUGGUCAUCUACCUCUUCAUCGGCACCAUGUUCCUGCUGGCCGGCUUCGUGUCGCUCUUCCGCAUCCGCUCGGUCAUCAAGCAGCAGGGCGGCCCCACCAAGACGCACAAGCUGGAAAAGCUCAUGAUCCGCCUGGGCCUCUUCACCGUGCUCUACACGGUGCCCGCCGCUGUCGUGGUCGCCUGCCUCUUCUACGAGCAGCAUAACCGCCCGCGCUGGGAGGCCACGCACAACUGCCCGUGCCUGCGGGACCUGCAGCCCGACCAGGCGCGCAGGCCCGACUACGCCGUCUUCAUGCUCAAGUACUUCAUGUGUCUGGUGGUGGGCAUCACCUCGGGGGUGUGGGUCUGGUCCGGCAAGACGCUCGAGUCUUGGCGCUCCCUGUGCACCCGCUGCUGCUGGGCCAGCAAGGGCGCGGCGGUGGGCGGGGGCGCCGGCGCCUCGGCUGCGGGGGGCGGUGGAGGGCCGGGGGGCGGGGGCAGCGCGGGCCCUGGAGGGGGCGGGGGUCCGGGCGGCGGCGGCGGGGGCUCCCUCUACAGCGACGUCAGCACCGGCCUGACGUGGCGGUCUGGCACGGCCAGCUCCGUGUCCUAUCCAAAGCAAAUGCCAUUGUCCCAGGUCUGAGCGGGAGGGGCGGAGGCGCCCAGAAGAGUUGGGGAGGGGGGUGAGGAGACAAGUGCAGCGAAGGGACCCUUGACGGGCUGAGGUUCCCACCCCUUCACAGUGUUGAUUGCUAUUAGCAUGAUAAUGAACUCUUAAUGGUAUCCAUUAGCUGGGACUUAAAGGACUCGCUUAGAACAAAGUACCUGGCAUAGAAGCCUCCCAGACCCAGCCCCUUCCCUCCAUUGAAGUUCGGGAGCUCCUCCCGCCAGGCGUUAGUUUCUGUCGGCUGAGGUGGGUAGACUCUGCGUUUCCAGAACCCGAGGUUUGGAGCCCUCGCUGGUUGCCCUUUGCUGAGCUUGCAGCCAGAUCUCCAUAUUUCACCUGACUCUCCUACUUAAACUCUUACUCCUAACAUACCCUGGAGGAGGGAUGACGGCGACCUGAUGGGUUUGCACGGUUUGGGUAUUCUUAAUGACCAGGCAAAUGCCUUAAAUAAGCAAACAAGAAAUGUCUUAAUUAUACACCCCAAGUAAAUACGGGUUUCUUACAUUAGAGGAUGUAUUUAUAUAAUUAUUUGUUAAAUUGUAAAAAAUGUGUAAAAUAUGUAUAUAUCCAAAGAUAUACAAUGUGUACAUUUUUUUGUAAAAAGUUUAGAGGCUACCCCUGUAAGAACAGAUAUAAGUAUUCUAUUUUGUCAAUAAAAUGACUUUUGAUAAAUGAUUUAAA